GGGACAGUAUGUACCAUGCGUUGGGGUACAGCAGCAUCCUGGUGAUGCAGGCGGCCAUGACGUUUGAGCACAGAGACAUCCAGACCGCCAUGGCAACCAUCAAGGAGGCGUUACACACCUGUCAGAGGUUCAGGAAGAAGAACUCGGUGGUUGGAUCUUUGUCCAGUCUGAUCAACAAACAGUCCAACCUGCAGGAAGAGGAGAUGCACGCCGAGAUCUGCUACGCCGAGUGUCUCCUGCAGAAAGCCACGCUGACGUUUGUCCAGGAUGAAAACAUGAUCAGUUUUAUCAAAGGAGGCAUCAAGAUCAGAACAAGCUACCAAAUCUACAAGUGA